UACAUGUGUACUCUCGCGAGAUCUCCUCUCCAGCCCCUGUGAUAUACUGUGAGAAACCCCGUCCGACCUCCCUUUCCCGCAAGAUGGCUCCGAAGGCGAAGAAGGAAGCUGUCCCUGCCAAAACAGAGGCCAAAUCCAAGGCCCUGAAGGCGAAGAAGUCUGUGCUGAAGGGAGUGCACAGCCACAAGAAAAAGAAGAUCCACACGACCCCCACCUUCAGGAGACCCAAGACACUGAGACUGAGGAGGCAACCCAAGUACCCAAAGAAGAGUGCUCCCAGGAGGAACAAGCUUGAUCACUAUGCCAUCAUCAAGUACCCUCUCACCACUGAGUCAGCCAUGAAGAAGAUUGAGGACAACAAUACCCUUGUGUUCAUUGUAGCUGUCAAGGCUAACAAGCAUCAGAUCAAGCAUGCGGUCAAGAAGCUGUACGACAUUGAUGUGGCCAAGGUCAACACACUGAUCAGGCCUGAUGGUGAAAAGAAGGCUUACGUACGUCUUGCUCCAGACUACGAUGCUUUGGAUGUUGCCAACAAAAUUGGCAUCAUCUAAACUGUCCAUCAUGGAAUGUACAGAUAAAAAUAAAGUUUAUAGAAGUUUCACAA